UGCGCACACACACUAUUUGGAGACUCCGAAGCUUUCCAGAAUUUCCCUCAUUCUCUGUAUUUGGAGGAGAGGUAGCGUUAGUUUCAGCUUUCUCAUUCACAGGCUCCCAUCAUUUUGCAUGGACCACGUUUUGUUUACUGUGGACUCAUAUAAGAAUCUGGAAGGUAUCUUGCUGGUGUAGAAGAUUCCUAUUAUUUCACUGUUAGUUUAUAUGGUGUUUUUCACUGAGGCAACUGAAACACUGGAAUGGAGUCUGGAGUCAACACCACAGGGGAGGUCAUUCCCUACGGAGGAAAGAGUGCCUUUUCACAAUUGGAGCACAACAUAGUGGCGGCAUACCUGAUCACUGCAGGUGUCAUCAGUUUGGCCAGCAACAUUGUAGUACUGGUGAUGUUUGUCAAGUUCAAGGAGCUGCGAAAUGCCACCAACGCCAUUAUCAUCAACCUGGCCUUCACUGACAUUGGAGUGGCUGGCAUAGGCUAUCCCAUGUCUGCUGCCUCUGACCUCCACGGGAGCUGGAAGUUUGGCUACACUGGAUGUCAGAUCUAUGCAGCUCUGAACAUCUUCUUUGGGAUGGCCAGUAUUGGACUGCUGACUGUGGUGGCCAUUGACCGCUACCUAACCAUCUGUAGACCUGACAUAGGGCAGAAGAUGACCACCCGCUCGUACACACUCCUCAUUCUGGCUGCAUGGCUCAACGCAGUCUUUUGGUCCUCCAUGCCUGUGGUGGGUUGGGCCGGCUAUGCCCCUGACCCCACUGGUGCCACCUGCACCAUCAACUGGAGAAACAAUGAUGCGGGCUUUGUCUCCUACACCAUGGCAGUGAUCGCUGUGAAUUUCAUCAUCCCUUUGUCAAUGAUGUUCUACUGCUACUAUAGUGUGUCUGUCACCAUGAAGAGAUACAAAGCCAGCAACCGUUUGGACAGCAUUAACAUGGACUGGUCAGACCAGAUGGAUGUGACUAAGAUGUCGAUAGUGAUGAUUGUCAUGUUCCUGGUGGCGUGGUCACCAUAUUCCAUAGUGUGCCUAUGGGCAUCCUUUGGGGACCCCAAAAAGAUUCCUGCCCCCAUGGCUAUCAUCGGUCCUCUCUUUGCCAAGUCCUCCACCUUCUACAACCCCUGCAUCUACGUUAUUGCCAACAAAAAGUUCAGAAGAGCGAUCACAGGAAUGCUCCGAUGUCAAACCCGACAACGGAUCACCAUCAACAACCAGGUUCCCAUGACGAUUUCCCAGCUCCCUUUGACCCAAUAAGGGAGGAUUACUAGAUGUUACAUUCUACAAUUAUUUUUUCCCCCCAAACUCUCUGAUUACACUUGUCAUUGAGUAUACUGUUAGAGGAUGGGAUACGUGUAAGCAAGUUUAAAAGAUCCUACCCUACCAAGCUUUCUAGACCCUACCAGUGUUCAUGGGAGAACAGGAAAAUACUAAAUUCAAGAGUACUGAGGUACAGCCCAAGUCACCCAUUAUUUAUAGGGACCUCAAAAU